UUAAUUUCAUUAAAGAUAAGAGAUUUGUUCUACAAAGUAGUUAAAUCUUUUCAAAAAAUGCUCUGGCAAAAAGAAAGGUAAAAAACAGAGCAACUUUUUUCGAAACAAAAGGUCAACACCCUAAUCUAUAGAAUGGUGAGAAAGAAGGUGGGUCAUAUGCGCCAACAAGCCAUUAGGUUUGAAAAGCGCUUUCGCUUUCUCCAAGCGUUGAUGGUGUUGAUGGUAUGCCUAUUUAUCUCCCUGAAAGUAGACAAAGGAGGAGUUAAGGCUUGGUUGUGCAACAUGUUGUUUCUCUGCUUCCAGAUGUUGUAAAUGAGAGCCUGAGCCACGAUCAUGCGGAGGCGUGACGGAGCCGCAGACGAGGAAGAAGAUAGCCACAACACGAGCUCAUCCCAGUUUGUGAAGACAGGAACCGUGUCUCUGAAUCUACGACGAGAUUCAGACCAUAGGGCCUCAGCAAAAGGACAAGAGAGCAUCAAGUGGUCCCUUGUUUCCGGCUGAGAAGAGCAGAUACAGCACACUGAAGGGAGCUGCAUUCCCCAAGCCGCAAGUCGAGAACGGGUAGGGAGCCUAUUCAAAUUUGUGACCCACAUGUGGAAAGCAUGCUUAGGCGUUGCACCGCUGUACCAGAUGAACUUUGCAAACGGCUGGGGGGGCGCGCGCUGUCUCAGAACUUCCCAAGUCUUUGCUGAGGAGAAUGAGAGGUUGGUGUCGCCAUUAGUAGACCACACAACAUGCUCUGUAUGAAUGUAUCGUUUAUGACUUGCAUGAUAUUAGUUACAUUUCUUAGGUACUUUAAGUCUUUAUGAGAUAUGCUGUAGUUUCGUCAUGACUGUUGCGUACACUCAAAUGUCAAUCUAUACUGUCCCAAAAUGCCAAACCUUUUUUACCAAAAAAAAAGAAGCCAAACCUUGUGAUCUUAUCUCUGAGUCUCUCUGACCAAGAACUCGUUAUCAGCAUGUUUAUUAUUUAAUUUAUCAUAAUUCGUUACACCUUUUCAUUGGAAAAAAAUCUUUAAACUAGUACUUAGUUUUUUUUAAUGGUCAAAGAAAAAAAAUAGUAGGUUGUUUAUGAUGUAAACGCCAAGCUCUAUUUCCACCUAAAAGAAUGCAAAGGUUGUCAGUCAGCAGGUUUUUGCAGACUUGCAAGCAACAAACAACAAAAUGCAUAUCCUUAACUUAUCUAUUAUCUAAAUUAUACUGGUUACCAUUUUUGCAAAUGAAAUUAUCAAAAUGUUAUUGAAAUUAAUUAAUUAUUUGUGUGUUUUUCAUAUCUGAAUAUCUGAAAAUAUAUUGCAAAAUCUUAUAUCAUUCAUUUUAGAAAAAAAUCUUAUAUUAUUUAACAAAUUUUUGUUGUUCGUUAUACUUUUGUGAAGAAGAUGUUAGUUGAUUAACAUAGUUUAUAAGUGUUAUUCAAAUUUCAGAUCAUAAACAUUUACACGAAGACCAUGUAAGACUUUCGAUUUGAUAUAUGAUCUUAUACUGAUCGAUACUAGAUCAUAUAAAAUCUACAGCAACUAUCAGAUAUUUCUGAAUAAUCUGUUGAUACCUAGAAUUGUGGUAAUUAAAAAAUAAUAACUGUGGUAAUUAAAAUUUAAAUGAUGUGAUUCAUGUGAAACCUAUAUUUUGGAUAAAAUCUUCUACUCUCUUCCCAUGCUUUACAAUAAUUAAGAAAUGAUUAUAUGAUAUAAGUAAAUCUGUAAAAAAAAGAAUCAACUAUAUAAAAGGGAUUAAUUUAGGAGCUUUUAAGGGGUACCACAUGGGUAAAAUAAUCUUCACCUAUCAAACUGUCAUGUCACUAGCAGACUGGACUUCGAAUUAAAAUUGCAAUAAAAGGUUUGGGCUUUGUUGUUUACAAAAUUGGCUACGAUUUACCGGUGGGCCAGGUAAAGAAAAAUCUCGCAGCCCAGCCCAUUAACCCUAAUCGCCGUCUUCGUAAAACUAAAGCUAAAGCUCGCUCAUCCUCUCAGUAACUCUAAUCGCCGUCUCUCCCAUUUUUCUUUCUGCAUGGCGAUUCUCUUCGUUUCCCCAAACUCUUCCCGCAUAACGCCUCCGAUGAAAGGGCUGGAACUUCAAUGUUUUCCCUUAAAGCCUCCAUUCAAGAUCCCUACGGACCUUCCACAUCCGCCCUCCAACUUCUAUCUAGAUCCCUAUUUAUACCCUUAUCUCUCUUACCUCAGAUCAUACCCUUAUCUCUCUUACUUCAGAUCGUUAGCUCUAUACUCUAAUCAUGGCGAAAGAGACUGCAAUCCGCACCGGCGAAGCUUCUCCUCCUCUCCUCUUCCGACAUGUUUCACCAGGACCAGGAUAUUCCACCAUGCAGUUUAGGCUUCUUCAUUUCUGGGAUGCUCGCAAGAAUGUCAAAGGAGGACCAUGCAUCCUUCUUGGGAUCGAGAUGCUUAUGAUCGAUGCGGAGGUAUGUCUUCAUGUCUCAUUAGAUUAGCAUAUAUAUAUGGGUAAUUUAUUGGAAAAAAACUUGAUUUAUUUAUUUGAAAUUAUAUUAGCGUAACCUAGAUUUGUUUCCAUGUCUCAUUGUUGUUCAUGUAUAUUAUAUAGCGUGAUAGAGAUUAGAACUGGAAAGUUUUUUUCUGUAGCCUUAAACGCUUUUAAUCUUUAUUGUCUCAUUAGAUUAGCGUAUAUAUUGAGAUGAUUUAUUGGAAAAAAAACUUGAUUUAUUUAUUUGAAAUUAUAUUAGCGUAACCCAGAUUUGUUUUCAUGUCUCAUUGUUGUUCAUAUACCUAUUAUAUAGUGUGAUAGAGAUUAGAACUGGAAAGUUUGUUUAUGUAGCUUUAAAUGCUUUUAAUCUUUAUGUCUCAUUAGAUUAGCGUAUAUAUUGGGAUGAUUUAUUGGAAAAAAACUUGAUUUAUUUAUUUGAAAUUAUAUUAGCGUAUAACCCAUAUUUGUUUUCCUGUCUCAUUAAUCACUUGAUAGUGCUGUGAUAUAGAGUUUUCCUGUCUUAUUAAUCACUUGAUAGUGUUGUGAUAUAGAUUAGAUUAGUAUAGAACAUUGAGUAAUACUGAAACUGGAAAUUUUGUGUUUGUUGCCUUAUAUCUUUCUAACUGGAAAUUUUGUUUUUGUUGCCUUAUAUCUUUCUAAUUGAGCGGUUAUAAUAAAAAAAUAUUGCUCAAAUAACACACUCUAAUUUGAGCUAUUCAACUGGCUCAGUAUUGUUUCUCUGUUCUGUAAGGAACUUUGUCUCAGGGGUUCAUUGGUCAGAACCGUCGCAACCAGUAUGAGAAAGAGCUCCAGCGUGGGAGAAUCUACACACUGACAAGCUUCUAUGCGUCCAACAGCAAGGUGAUGUACCAUGUUGCUGAUCAGAGGCUGGUAAUUUGCAUCUCCCACGCCUCUGCUCUGUCGAAGGUUGAAGAAGACAUUGAAGGCAUUUUGAUAGAGCGCUUCAGGGUCCAUUCUUUUUCAGAUUUUGAAGCCAACUGCGAUCUCAGAGGGGAUCUUCACGGUAAGGUUUAAAUAUUUUCUUAUCAUGUUUAACCAUUCCAAGUGGUUAAAUUUGUAUUGCGUGUAACUGUUUGUUGUAGAUGUUGUUGGCCACCUUAAGCUGGUUGAUGGCCAGGCUCUCCAUCAGCGUCCGGUUUUGUGCACCAAUGAUGACUUAGCUUCUCGGAAAGUGAUGGUCCAUUUGCAGCUUAAAGACUAAGCUGUUGUAGUUCGACCAAUACAUAAAUAUCAUUUUCUAAUUUAUGAUUCUUACUUAAAUUAAACAUCUUCUCUUUGUUAACUGCAGCGGUCCAGUGAUUAACGUCUACCUAUGGGACGAGGCCGCAUAAAGUUUUCGCCUUAAGUUUGAUGCAAGUGCAGCCACUCCAACUGUUCUAUUGGUCAUAACGGUCAAUCCUAAGAGCCUUGGUGGUGAUCUUUCACACUCAAUAUAAGAAUUCCUGAUCACUCACACUCAGUUAGAUAAACCUACCACUAACUGUUUCUAUAUUGACAGGAAAAUUGUGUCUAAGUUCAAUGUCCUCUUCAAAAGUGUUUUUGGAUGAAAAAGGUUAACCCCACCAAAGAAUACUUGGCCUGGUUAGUAUUUUAUCUUUUUAGAAACAAUCUAUAGAUUAGUCUAUUAUGUGUUUAACACCUUUGAUGAUCGCCUGAUUUAAAAUUCUUUGCAAGGUUGACCACGAACCCUUCUGGAACCCUUCUGUAACUUCUUUGGUGAACCCUGUUGAGGUGGUCAAAGUUGAGACUCUCACAAUAAGUGAGAUUGCCGCCUUCCUCAAGCGUCAGCCUGCUCAAGUAAUCCCAUUCCGUUUUUAGAAUCAAACACUUUUCUCAAUGUAGUUGCUGACAACCCUAGGAUGUGAUUUCAGGUUGCCUACUUUGACUGCAUUGCCACAAUUGAUGAUGUCAAGCUUAGCACUGAGUGGUAUUACAUUGCUUGCAAAGAUUGCCAGACCAAGUUAAACCGUGGGCCGACAACAUUGCUUUGUCCAAAAUGCGGGAAUGAAAAUGCUACUGCAGUAGCCAAGUAAGUUUCUCCUCUCAUAUAUGUUUUCAAUCGACAAUGUAUAAUCACUUGGUUUUUAACCAGAUAUUGGGUGGAGUUGUCUGUCUAUGAUAAUGAGGAGCAUUGCACGUUCAUCAUUCUCGGAGAUGCUGGGAAAGAUCUCACAUGCAAGAAAGCAACAGAGUUGAUCGAUGCUUAUGUUCAGGUAAUUGUUGUUCUGUUGAUAAAUGAUAAUUUCUAUAAUCUUGACACUUAUUUUAAUCAUAGAGUCUACCAAAUUGAUAAAUGUAUUAUGUUAUAUUAGGAAAAUGGUGAAGAUGCUGCUGAGCUUGAAAUUCCACUGCUACAAUGUUUUAUUGAUACAAUAGGCCAGAUAAAAAAAAUUCAGAAUCAAGGUGGCUCACUACAACUUCACUUCUACCCUACCAAAAUAGUUUCACCAGCAGAUUUACCACCAAAGAAUGUUUUUCUAAAGUAAUAACAAUGUCUCUUCAUAUAUAUAGCAUGGAAUAAAAAAUAAAUAGUUUUUUUCUAAAGUAAUGUAUUCACUUUUAUAGGGUGUUGUUAUUGAAUAAGAGGAUUUGAAAGAAUGAAAUAAGUUGAUAACCGAUUGAAUUUCAAAAUUUGAAAUAGAUUUAUGUUAAUACUCAUAUCGUGACGAUAAAAAAAAAGUGUAUUAGAGCCAAAUACUAAGUCAUAAAUUUCGUAAGGGGCAAAAAUAUUGGUUACUUACAAGUUUUAAAUACUUUAUUAAUUAAUAUAUUAACAUGAAAUGGAAAAAGAAAAACAAACAAACAGUCUCCAGCCUCAACAACAAUAAUCCGUUAUAAAAAGCGUCUAUCUUUCCCUUUCGAUCUCUCUCUCUUUCUCUCUGAAACAACUCACCAUCUUCUUCGACUUAGGGCUUUUUACAGGCCAAAUUGCAGUUUUUAAUUAAUCGAAUCAUUUCGGUUCGAGUUGACGAAUCGAGAGAAGAUAAAGAUAUAUUAUGAGAAAAGAGUGAUAAUUUUAUUUUUGAUUCUGGAAAUGGAGCAGCUUGUCAACUUCAUCAUUCGACCUCCAAGAGCUGAGUAUGACCCGGAACAUGAUCUCUUGGAAAAGGACUUCAUGAUGAAAGGCAGGUGGUAUCAAAGAAAAGAUUUAGAGAUUAAAAACAGUAGGGGAGAUGUUCUCCAGUGUAGUCAUUACAUGCCUGUUGAACGCCCUGAAGGAAAACCUUUGCCCUGCGUAAUAUAUUGCCAUGGUAACAGUGGAUGUAGAGCGGAUGGUAGUGAAGCCGCAAUUAUGUUGCUGCCUUCAAACAUCACAGUUUUCACUCUUGACUUUUCGGGAUCUGGUCUCUCUGGCGGGGAACAUGUCACCUUAGGCUGGAACGAAAAGGAUGAUCUGAAGGCUGUUGUUGAGUUUUUGCGUCAGGAUGGAAAUAUAUCCCUGAUAGGGUUAUGGGGGCGUUCAAUGGGUGCUGUCACGAGCUUGAUGUAUGGAGCUGAGGAUCCUUCCAUUGCAGGAAUGAUUUUAGAUAGCCCCUUCUCCGAUUUGGUUGAUCUGAUGAUGGAACUUGUUGAUACAUAUAAGUUCCGUUUACCAAAGUUUACCGUGAAAUUUGCAAUACAGUUUAUGCGGAGAGCUAUUCAGAAAAAAGCAAAGUUCGAUAUAACGGAUCUGAAUACCAUUAAGGUCGCAAAGUCUAGUUUUGUUCCAGUUUUAUUUGGACAUGCCUUAGAUGAUGACUUUAUUCGCCCUCAUCAUUCAGAUCUUAUAUAUGAAGCCUACGUAGGUGACAAAAAUAUCAUCAAGUUUGAGGGAGAUCACAACUCUCCUCGGCCUCAGUUCUAUUUUGAUUCGAUAAAUAUCUUUUUCCAUAACGUCCUUCGUCCUCCAGAGGUUACGGGGCCGACAUUUUAUGACCCGUUAGAUGAGUACUUAGCAAAGGGCAGUUGGGGCACUAUGCAUGACACAACUAUUCCACAAUCAUCAGUGCAGAAGAGUUUAGCCGGGAGUAGCAUCUCUGAGGCAAUCAAUGAAGUCCGCGUGAAAAGACCCAUGAGUCGUACAGAUGUUCCUUCGAAUGUCACAUCCAACGGUUCUCCAUCAGAAACUAAGGAAAAAGAGAAUCAUGAUGGCCGUGAAGACAGUUCAUCAUCUCCUGAUAUGAUAAGCUUUGAUUUGUCAAAUGGUGAUCAUGAUCAGUACCCUCCUCAGCUUGCGAUGGCUUUAGAUGAUGACCAAUAUCUGGAGUAUCACUUGGAGGACAUCCCAUCUAAUGCAGAGGAAGAAGAAAGGAUGCUUAUGAAAGCAGUGAUGGAGUCAUUAAAGGACUUGGAAGUGCAAAGUCUUGAGAAAAAAGAAUCUCCCGAGAAGAGAGUUCUUGGCAGCAAUUCUUUUCAAACUGCACAAGAACCCCUUCUUUCUAGGAAAGAAUCAACUUCAACUCAAGCAAACCAGUCAGAGACUACUGAUACUGCUUCCAGUCCAGCAACAGUUGGCGGGGAUGUAGCACCAUCAUCUUCCGAGUCCAAAGCUCCAAAUGGGACCUCGGAUUCUCUAACAGCACCCGUAGAUGCUUCUGUGCCUGGCUGCACGAGCCAGAAGGAAAAAGAGAACGGUGACGUGUCGGCAGAUACAAAGGCCACAGUGACAGUUGAACGUACUAGUAGCGCAUCAGGCAAAGUCUUCGACGGCUUAAUACGUAAGUGGGAUCUCAACUUCUUCAAAAACAACAAAUGAUUCCAGUUAUUGAUAAAUUUGAUUUUGGGAAUUUGGUGAAGUCCGUGCAUAUAUGUCCAAAACUAGUUUGUUUGUUUGUUUGUUUUCAGUGAUUUGUCAUGAUAGGUUUAACAUUGUUUGGCUUUGGUUAUGAUUUUAUUCAAAUUGUUUGGGUACUUGGCUCUGUAUUUGGUGUUCUUUGUCCUAUUACUCUUGUUACUAACAUUUGAUGAUUCAAUUAUUCCUUUGCAA